AUGGCCUCCCGCUCGCAAUUCGUGCGUGUGCUCCUUCGGCGGGUAGAACAGCCGUCCAAUCGUGUUCCCCGACGCACACUCUCGACCUCGCCCCCUCCUCCGCGCUCUUCCCCGUCCAGUCCCAAAGACCCGCGCUCCCGCCUCCGCCAGUUCAAUGACCGUCUCCCUCGCUUUCUGCGCACCUUGACCACACCCCUACUCGGCGCUCCAGUGACUCAUGUAACCUCAUUCCUGAUUCUCCACGAGAUCACCGCCGUGGUGCCGCUAUUCGGCCUCGUCGCGGCAUUCCAUUACGGGGGCUGGAUGCCCGAUCUCACGUCCGACGGCGAGAGCAAUGCCUUUGAAGAAGGGACCGCGCGCUUUGGGAAGUGGUUGCGGAAAAAGGGGUGGGUCGAUGAGGCGGACGUGAAUGCUGUAGCGGAGCAUGAGACUACGACAGAUGCUAGUAAAAGGGACAAGGAGCGGACCGGGGUACGGUUGCUGCUGGAGUUCGCGACGGCCUACGCAAUUACAAAGGCACUGCUCCCUGUCCGCAUUGCGGCGAGUGUCGCGGCCACGCCGUGGUUUGCAAGGACAGUCCUCACGCCAACGGCAAAUAUAGCCAGGAGACUGCUGGGGAGGGGCUAG